AUGGGAAUGUCGAGGAGUGACACAAUGCAGACCGGAAAUUGCUUCCGAUGCCGUCAGCCUGGCCACUGGAUCAGUGAUUGCCCUGUCAAACCCAUCGACGACGAUACUCCACCGGCGAUCCACUGCCGUUGCGGCGGUGGUUUGUGUCAAAUCAAGGUCUCGAAAACCCAAGAGAACCCCGGAAGGAAGUUCUACAAGUGCCCUGCCGCUCGGGAUUGCACAUUCUUCAAGUGGUGUGACAAAGUAACCGACGAAGACAUCAAAUUCCGGCCUACCUUCACCAUCCCCGAUUGCCCAUGCGGUUCCGGACCCUGCCGGAGAUUUAAAGACGAUUCCGGACGAGCUUACCUGCUUUGCUGCAUCAAAAAGGGUUUCGGGGCUUGUGGAUUCUUCCAGUGGGAGGAUGAGAAUGUUGAAAUCCCUCCGAGCUGUGGUGCUACAGUAGAUGAGAAUGAGAUUGAUUUCUGGGUGGAAGCUGGUCUGAUUUUGAGUGAUGUGGAAAGCAGCUUCCAAGCUGGUGGUGUACCGGAGAAUGCAAACCAAGUGGCACCGCCAGGGAAAGAAUGUCAAGGUUCUGUUAGUGUAGACGAUGAUGAUUCUGUAUUCGAAAAUUUGGAUGACACUUCUUUUUCUGAUGUACAUUCUUCAGCUGCUGAGAUUCAAGGCAUCCCUCUGUCUGAUCCGGUUGCUGUGAUCGGAGCUGAAGAGCAACGGAUGAAGAGUCUACAUUGUGAUUAUGCUCUUUCCAAGUUUAGUGUGGAUGAAGCAUUGAGUAAAUUGGUCAGAGAUGCGGUCUCUAGUGGUUAUGUUGUGGAAGAUGGAACGAAUGACUAUGAGCAACCUGUUGAUGGAACUGGUGAAGCUGAGUGGUCAUUCCCAAAUUUGCAGGACCUAAUUGAGCAAUACAACUCAGAGAAGCUCCGAUUGGAGAGUGUUUCAGGGAAGCAUGUACAAGUGUUGGGUGCAUUUAUGGCUUCGUACAGUCGACUUAGGUUACUUCAUGAGAAAACUAGUCAUCUCAGGAAAUUGCUGCUUGAAACAGAGAAGGAAAUGGCUUGUUGCGAGGCUGAGACAUUGGAAUUUGGAGCAAGUUGCAGGGAAGUGGCUGGAGAAAUUGCCGAGUCUCAGAAGACGAUGCAAGAGACAGCAGCUAAACUAGGGAAGGGAGUAGAAGUGUUGAAGCAAAAAGAGUUUGUAGAUAUGAAGAGAAGAAGAAGCUGA